AUGUCGUCAUUCUACAGUAGUGGAGACGACAACAACGGCUACAACCCGCGGAUUCACUCUCGAUACGCCGAGCGCGAAGGAUAUCAUUUGGCGUCGGGAUCCGAAGACCCACGGACCUUAUUUGUCGGAAAUCUCGAUCCAGCCAUCACCGACGAGUUCCUCGCCACACUCUUCAAUCAGAUAGGUGCAGUGACAAAAGCAAAGAUUAUUUUCGAUGGACUCAACGAUCCGUUCGCGUUCGUCGAGUUCUCGGACCACAACCAGGCGUCGCAGGCUCUCCAAUCGAUGAAUGGACGUCAACUUCUCGAGCGCGAAAUGCGAGUGAACUGGGCGGUCGAACCGAAUCAACCCGGAGAUCGUAACAAGCCAGAAACCUCUCGUCACUUCCACGUCUUCGUCGGAGAUCUCUCCGCUGAAAUAGACUCGACGAAGCUUCGCGAGGCGUUCCUCCCAUUCGGAGAAGUGUCGGAAGCGAAAAUUAUUCGAGACAAUGCGACAAACAAAGCCAAGGGAUACGGAUUUGUCUCAUACCCGAGAAGAGAAGACGCCGAGAGAGCUAUUGAGCAAAUGAAUGGCCAAUGGUUGGGACGGAGAACGAUUCGUACAAAUUGGGCGACCAGAAAGCCUGAAGAGGAAGGAGGAGAACGUCGGGAGCGAGAUAGAAAUGAAAGAGGGGAUCGACCACAUCGAGGUGAAGGACGACAUCAUCACUUCGAGAAGACGUAUGAUGAGGUGUUUAGAGAGGCGGCAGCUGACAACACGUCCGUCUAUGUUGGAAAUAUCAACUCCCUCACUGAGGAUGAGAUUCGUCGUGGCUUCGAGCGAUUCGGUCAAAUCGUCGAGGUUCGAAUCUUCAAGUCUCAAGGAUACGCCUUCGUCAAAUUCGAGCAGAAGGAGUCGGCCGCCCGUGCAAUCGUCCAGAUGAACAAUCAGGAUGUGAGCGGUCAAAUGGUUCGAUGCAGUUGGGGAAAGAGUGGAGAUGGCGGAAAAGGAGGUGGAGGUGACCGUCAUGCUUACGGUUACGGUGGAAGUGGUGGUGGAGGAUCAAGCAGCAACUUCACACCGUUCGGAUCUGGAAGUGGUCCAGCUGGAGGUCCGCCAGCGGCUGGCGGCAACAGCAGCCAGUACUGGCAGUACUAUGCCCAGUACUACAAUAAUCCACAAUUGAUGCAACAGUGGUCGAGCUACUGGCAGCAAGGGAAGCAAGGACCGCCGCCGAGUUAA